UGUAGCUUGCUCAGGCAUUCCUUUGGAAGGGAAGGGACGGCUGCUCCAGGUGUGUUUGCUGUGUGUGGCUCUCCUCUUCCCAUCCACAAUCUGUAGGAGCUCCAAUUUCAGAGGAAAUUCUCUUGUAGAAACUAACAGGGAUGCCAAAGGAAAAAUAUGAUCCUCCAGAUCCUCGCAGAAUUUACACCAUCAUGUCAGCRGAAGAGGUGGCCAAYGGGAAGAAAUCACACUGGGCUGAAUUAGAGAUCUCGGGGAGAGUGCGGAGUUUAAGUACAUCACUCUGGUCGCUGACACAUCUGACUGCUCUGCACCUCAAUGACAACAAYCUUACUCGCAUUCCACCUGAUAUUGCCAAGCUUCACAAUCUGGUUUACCUGGAUCUGUCAUCCAACAAACUCAGAAGUUUACCAGCAGAACUAGGAAACAUGGUAUCUCUCAGGGAAUUGCUUUUAAAUAACAAUCUGUUACGGGUUUUGCCUUAUGAACUUGGACGGCUCUUCCAGCUGCAAACCCUGGGUUUGAAAGGCAAUCCUUUAUCCCAAGAUAUUCUCAGCCUCUACCAGGAUCCAGACGGAACCCGAAAGCUACUGAACUACAUGCUUGACAAUCUAGCAGUUCAUCCAGAGCAGCUGCCUCCAAGGCCAUGGAUUACUUUAAAAGAACGAGACCAAAUUCUGCCCUCAGCUUCAUUUACAGUUAUGUGUUACAAUGUGUUGUGUGAUAAAUACGCCACCCGGCAGCUCUACGGCUACUGCCCAUCUUGGGCACUCAACUGGGAGUACAGGAAAAAGGGAAUCAUGGAAGAAAUCGUCAACUGUGAUGCAGAUAUCAUUAGUCUUCAGGAAGUGGAAACAGAGCAAUACUUCACCCUUUUUCUGCCAGCCUUGAAAGAACGGGGAUACGAUGGAUUCUUUUCUCCGAAGUCACGUGCCAAAAUCAUGUCUGAGCAGGAGAAAAAGCAUGUGGAUGGCUGCGCGAUAUUCUUCAAAACGGAAAAGUUCACGCUGGUGCAGAAGCACACGGUGGAGUUCAACCAGGUGGCCAUGGCCAACUCAGAGGGCUCGGAAGCCAUGUUGAACAGAGUGAUGACCAAGGACAACAUCGGAGUGGCCGUGGUGUUGGAGGUGCACAAGGAAUUGUUUGGAGCAGGUAUGAAAUCGCUUCACGUGGACAAACAGCUGCUCAUCGUGGCMAAUGCCCACAUGCACUGGGACCCCGAAUACUCAGAUGUGAAACUCAUCCAGACCAUGAUGUUCGUCUCGGAGCUGAAAAACAUCCUGGAGAAAGCCUCAAGCAGGCCCAGUAGCCCAACAGCAGAUCUCAACUCUAUCCCUCUGGUGCUGUGUGCGGAUCUCAACUCCCUGCCUGAUUCAGGUGUUGUGGAAUACCUGAGCAAUGGCAUAGUAGCUGACAACCACAARGACUUCAAGGAGCUGCGCUACAACGAGUGUCUCAUGAACUUCAGCGGCAACGGGAAGAACGGAGCGUCGGAGGGCAGGAUCACGCACGGCUUCCAGCUCAAGAGCGCCUACGAGAACAACCUGAUGCCUUACACCAAUUACACCUUUGACUUCAAAGGUGUGAUUGACUACAUUUUCUACUCCAACACUCACAUGAACGUGCUCGGAGUGCUGGGGCCUUUGGACCCUCAGUGGCUGGUGGACAACAACAUCACGGGCUGCCCCCACCCGCACAUCCCCUCCGACCACUUCUCACUGUUAACGCAGCUGGAGCUCCACCCGCCGCUGCUGCCCCUGGUGAACGGGGUGCACCUGCCCUCCCGCAGGUAGUGCAGCCCUGCCAGCGGGCACGGACCUGUUCUCACGGACCUGUACACUUGUAAAUCCCACUAUAUAGGAGUGAAGUAUGGCCAACCUUAAGCUGCUUCUUCGAGCUCCUUUCCUUAUGUGUUUGAUAUGAGAUUUUGCACAUUUUGGUGCAUAUUGGUAUCAUUUGGCACUAGGGCUGGAACCAAAGUAUUAUUCCCCUUUCCAGGUUUUUAAUUUAAUUUUUGUUUUGUUUUGUUUUUUUUUUUUAAACUGGCUUUUUCUUUCCAGUAGGAAGCUGCACUUCUAAAUGGACAAAAGAGAUUAAAAAACUUGCAUUUAACGUAUUUCAAGGUAAUGCUUUUUUCCAGAACGUGGCAAAUUGAGCCAACCUUUUAGAGAAAGAAAAACAAAACUAGAGAUGCUUGUUUAGUAGGAAGAAUAUUAGAAAUACUGUUUGUUUGAAUCCAAAAUGGAGACUGAACUCUGCAUCCAACAUAAAUUUUGCACAUUAGCAAAGCACUUAAUACCUGACUAUAAAUGAUUGGUGGCAURGCCCUGCCCCGUGUCUCAAUACUAUCAGAAAACCAAAGAUAGCCAAAUAUCUGUGAUCAAAUUUGGGCUCUAAAUCCUCUUGAUUUCAAUUUGUUAAGGAGCUGUUAUUGGUCAGGGCUGAAGUAAAAAAAGCUGCUGGUUCCUUCCCAAAUGUUAAUGCUCUUUGGAUGUGUUGGAAAUCCUUUUUUUCGUUCCUUUUAACGCUCUGGGUGGCCAGUUCAAAACCUUGUGCCUCAAGAGGCAUUAAACAUGAUGCAAUUUUCUGAAAAAAAAUCUGUUUGGCUGCUUAAUGUUUCAAAAAAAAAAGGCACAGUGAUAGGAAAAGGUCGUGUCUGUGUUUUUAAGUUUUUCUUUAUUCUGCUUUUUUGCUGCUAUAAGGUUUUCUUGAAUUUCUAUUUGAAACUUUUCAUGCACUUUACUGUUUCUAGUCUCCAAAUGUGAUAUUUUUAAUAAAUGAAAAACAUUUUCCAUGA